AUGCAGCAGGGUCCCCCACCUCAAACCUUACGGUACUACCAGAGCCCUCCGAUCCGGAGGUAUAUAUCGCAAAUACUUAGCAAUAGGCCAGCAUCAGCCUCAGAAGCCGGUCGACCAUGUCUGGCAGAAUAUCCUGCAGCAUUACUUCCGAACCUCUCAUUACACUGUAGAGAGAGUAAGGCUGAUGUCUCUAUGGUCAAUUCUAGGAACAAUGGCUUCCACGAGGUCAUAGUGGUCGAAGCCAAGAAGCCCACAGGAAGGGCCCCGACCCAGCAUAAGUGGAAUGGAGCCCGGCAACAGCUCCAAAAAGACAACAUGUUAGCCUUCAGAAACAGGCUAGGCAACGUACAGACCAUGACUACGGGCUUGGUGCCGUCCGCUUGUCACAUCUGUGUCAUUUCCCCUCAGUUCGGCUGGCCCGGACUGGGGCAUCCUCUUUUCGGCUUGUCCGGGAGCAGGAAGUCCAAGUACUUAGUCGGGGCAAUGGGAUAUGGGGUUCGUCUCUGA